CAUUUUUUAUAUAGAUACACGCAAUAAAUUCUCCUCCUUGUAUGAUGAGCACCAAAGUUUUCCCAGCAUCAGAACAUAGCGCUUGCAAACAAAGUGAGAGACAUCCAGAAGAAGCGCACUCUACUAUUAUUGAUUCUAGUUCCAGCAGUGGAAGUGUGCGAACACAAAACUCUCGGCCCAGUUCAGGAAAUUUAUCAGGAAACAGCCUCAGUCCAGAGCUCAGAAAAAACUCAACCUGUUCGAGUACAGGAAGUGGGUGGGAUAUAGACAUACCUGUUCCUCUCGGAAGUUCGCAUUCAUUGGACAGUAAUAAUUCCUCAGUAGUUGGCAGUAGUUUGUCCAGCCUCCGAAGAAGAUGGAUAAGAGCAGUUUCAACUUCCUUGAGUCGUUCGGAGUCGGACGAUUUAUUCGCACACUGUGGCGAGAUGUCAAAUGAACAGGAAAAUUACAUUCGUCGGCACAAGACGAGGCUCGGACUCGCUAUGUUGAUUCAACUUACGCGAGGCCAUGAGAAAGAAAUGGAGACAAGACUCUUGGAACAUGCGGCCCUGCUCGAGGGAGUGCUGGAUCGAUUACGUCUUUCUUGUACGGAUUCCAGCAAAGGCCAGGACAAUGUCAAAGGGAAGGGACUGAUAACUCGAUUACAUCGGGCAUCAUCCUGUUGCACAAUUUGGUUAUUACGUCUACUCAUGGAUUCCGCCAACUCCAUUGCCCCUUUGUUGUGGCACGAUGCUAUGCUGAAUACAACAUUCCCUAAAGAAGAGAGAAUCAACAUGAUUCACCACGGACUUCAGGAAAUGUGCCAACUUCUCGACAGCAUCGACACCAAAUCCACGAAUUUCUUCCUGAGUACGAUGGUGACUGCCGUUUUGACUCAUCACCUCGGUUGGGUCCACACAGUCCUCUCAGGAUUCAAUCGGCAAAUGGUAGAAAAACUUCGGAAGCAAUAUCUCUGCAAUCCUUUGUGGGCUCAACUCGGAGAUUUGUAUGGGGCUUUGGGAAAUCCAGUGAAGGUCGUUCACACAGUAAUCGCUGGAGAUCCGGACAAAGCCGAAUUAAUCAAUUCCAUCCUGACUUUUCUAACCUACUUUAUCCGUAGUGGAAUCGUCAAAAAACAAUACGAACGACGUUCUUCUUCACAGCAAGAUGUCCAACAGGCGAUAGUUCUUCUAGACCAAAUAAAAAUGAAGCAUCCUUCAUUAUUUAAACCCUCCAUUCCCAACAACUCAAGAUUAGAAGCUCAUCGAAAGACCUCGAAACGACGAGCUGAAUCUACGAAGUCCGAAUCCGCGGAUUCUGGAACUUGUGAAGACCAGACAAAAAUCGAGCCAAUGGCCUCGAAAUUAAAAAGAAGCAACACCUUGCAAAAAAAUCUUGAUGCUUUGGCUUCUGAUCCUCCAAAAGUGGAUUUCGAUUUGGAUUUGAAGGACACGAGUGAUGAAAAAAGCAACAUUACCAGCAAAGUGAAGAUAAUAGUCAGUGAAAUAUCGCCACGCGAAUUUGGAAAAGAUCCGCGCUUGCAUCAAGGAAGCGCGUUGCAGGAAUUGGAGAAGAAAUUCGACCAAGAAGUAGAUGAGGCUUUUAUGGAAGCGAAACUUGUUUCACUCCAACGGAAUCAGACUGGCGAAAUGAGGAAACUGAGUUUUGGCAAUUUGGGAGAUUCCCUCUCCCAUCCCUCGAAUGUCGACUUCGUUAAUUUAAGAGAACAGUCCCAAGUUUUCUUCACAUUAGGAGAAGAGGAGAAACCUCUCAAGUCGAGAUUGCAACCUGGAUGUAAAUGCCAGUGUGCUUUCACAUUCACGAGGGUUCCAAGCACAUCAGCGGAUCUUCCGGAAGGAGUUUUGAGAAAAAUCAUCCAGAGGAAUUUUCCAGAGUCUUCGAAGAAUAUGCAACCUCCUCCAGAAGCCACUUCAAGUGAAUCCUUGGGCCUCUGUUUAAAGUGCAGUAGAAACAAUUACACUUCCUCGCAAAGUUAUGAGAAUAGCAAACUUCAUCUUGAAACUCCUACAAAUGCUACUGAGGUACUUCGCAGUUGUGGGAAUUCUGGAGGCAAUGAAGGAAGGUGCGCAUUGCCUUCGAACAGUCUUGAAGCUUUGAUUGAAGCGAACAAUGUGAUUGAACUUCCGAUGCCACGGUCGAAUAAAGUGCCGUUGGGGAAGAUAAAAACGAACGAAAACGUCGGAUUUACGAGGACUUUAAUGAGCAGAAAGAUGCAGGCUUUUAAUGAGACUAUAAAUUCGUUUUCUGAGGUUUGUGGAUCAGGAUAUACUUGGGGAUUGGUGAUGCAGGGUCUGGUGAAGAAGAAGAAGAAGUCGAGAAGAAAAAACAAGGUUGAGAAGGAGGAGAUUAGUGAUCAGGAGAGGAAGGAAUGGUGGCGUCCGAUGAGAGAAGAGGUGGAAAUCAAUGCCAAGUUCCCUUUGGUGGAUCAGCCAGUUGCUGAAGCUCUUUGCAUUUUAGCUGACCUCGAUACGUGGCAAGUUGGAAUUUUGUCGAGUAACUCGCCUCUUCAUAAUCCGCCUCUUCCUAUUGGAAUGUCUGGACUUGUUGCUAAUAUGCUGGAAGCCUUUUUGUACAUAUGGAGAAAAUACCGAUCUCCAGAACAUUGUGUUAGACUUUUGGAGAGUCGAUUACGGGAGAUGUGGCUGAGGAGUGAAACUUUGGCAGAAAUUCUGAUGACUGUCGAUCCUUGUGAUGUAAAUGUGAACAAUCUGACGAACUCUCUGGAUCUGGAUGUCGCGGACUUGCCACUUUUGCUCGCAGUCGCGACAACUCACUCUCCCCAAAUUGCACAAAAGUUCGGCCUAACUUUAGCUUAAAUGCUAAAAUCAAUUUACAUGACUAACUGCCACUUUUAGAGCAUUACCGCCGGAAACAUCAGAUUCAUUGACGUCAAGAAGUAUUUUCGUCGCUUAUGAUUCACUGUGUGUCAAUACUUAUUUUUGUGAAUGGAGCCAGAAAGAAAGUGGUAGUUGUAUUUAUUAUUUAUAUAUGAACAGUCAUUUAUAACUCCGGAAUAAGCUGUCUGAUAUGAGUAGAAGACAAUUACGCUCUUACCCCUAAUUUAAGAUAAUUGCAACUUUACGAAUUAUUUUUGUAACUCUCGGUGACUAAAUUAGUCGAUGUGAUCUUUGAAAAGAUGUCGAAUUUGGGAAAAAUUCGAUAUUUGUCAUGCAGGGUAAAAGAGCGAUAGUGGUGGACUUUUGAUAUUUAAUAUUGAAAUUAUUUAACUUAUGUCUCUAAACAGAAUUGAGAUUCUAUGUUAAUUUAUUUCUUUUUCAUCUCACGAACUUUUUUCGUGAUUUAUGUAAGUGUUCUUGUGAAUUUGUAAAUUGUGAUCAGUUGUGUAGUACUAAAUUAUUUAUCGAAAUUCAUUUUUAUAUAAUUUAUGCAUAGUUUUUUAGGUGGAAUUAUUUUUCAAGAAGGGAGUUAUAAUUCAUGUUAAUUCGUUGAUACUGAAUGUGAUCGAGAGAGUAAAAUUUAAGAUACAUUAUGAUUUUUUUACCAUGCAGCAAAAAUAUUAUACAAAGAAACGCUGUAUUCUUAAUUCAGCGUUAUGAAUAAACAAUUAUUUUCUAU